AUCAUGAAGACCUUUUUGUUGCUAGUUUUAGUUUUAAGUUUGAAACUGCCACAAAGUCUCUGUCAACUGUGGAAUUUAGUAAACCUUCUAGACCCGACUUUGGAUUUAAAAAUUGUUCGUAUUCCCACUUCGGAUGACAUAUUUCAACAGUUGGAAGAUGCUAAGAAUAAUAUAUCGAUUGAAUUACCGAAAUGUCUGAAUCCAAAAAUGAUACCAUCACUCGGGUGUGGAGGUGAAAACAUCACUGCUGAAAAUUUUCUUAAGAAUCUAUCGUCAAGUCUAUCGACGUGCCUCUUAGAGAAAAUUUGUUACAAUAGUAGUGAGGCAAAUGUAGUAAAUCUGACUAAAUGCCUUACAUCAGCGACUGGAGUUACAAUAAACACAUUGCUAAACAUAUUUCUUACUCCACUUGGAAGCAAAAUUUAUCUUUGUAUUAUCAGUUUAUAUACCAGUGCCCGUAGUGAACUUCUCAAUUGUGAAUUUUUUAAUAAAAUUUUAUCAUUGGAUAUACACGGUAUUGCAAAAUAUAUAAGUGAUCGUAUUUUGCACAUUUACUUCGCAAAUCUGGUUAAUUUGAUAAAACUAGCUACAGAAAAAGGGAUGAACGAUUGUAUACUUCUUUA